AUGGCGUCUCCGAUGAAUCUAAUACCGAAGCGCCAUUUGAGUCAAUGUCUUACACCGUCAAUCUCAUCCUCUUCUCCGACAAAACAAUCUCGGAUCCUUGAACUCUGUAAAUCGGGUCGCCUCACUGACGCUAUUCGGAUCCUAAACACAACAGACUCGAAUGAAAUCUCUACAAAACCGAAUCUUUACGCGUCUCUCCUUCAGACAUGCACCAAAUCCAUGUCCUUUAUCAACGGUCUUCAGUUCCACGCCCACGUCCUCAAAACGGGUCUGGAGACGGACCGUUACGUUGGGAACAGCUUACUCUCCCUCUACUUCAAGUUAGGACACGAUAUGAAAGAGACACAGAGAGUUUUCGACGGAAUGUUCGUCAAAGACGCGAUCUCUUGGACUUCGAUGAUGUCUGGAUACGUAGCGGGUAAAGAACACGUUAAGGCGCUUAAGGUGUUCGGUGAGAUGGUGACGUUUGGUUUGGAGCCAAACGCGUUUACGUUGUCUUCGGCGGUUAAGGCUUGCUCUGAGAUCGGAGAUGUUAGAUUAGGGAGGUGCUUCCAUUGUGUUGUCAUCACUCGUGGGUUCGAGUGGAACCAUGUUAUCUCCAGCACGUUAGCGUAUAUGUACGGUGAGAAUCAAGAACCAGUUAAUGCACGGCAAGUGUUCGAUGAAAUGCUUGAACCGGAUGUUUUUAGUUGGACAGCUGUUCUCUCUGCGUACUCGAAGAACGACUUGUAUGAGGAAGCUUUGGGGCUUUUUUACGUGGGGAAUAGGGGAAAAGGGUUGGUGCCUGAUGUGUCUACGUUUGGGACUGUUUUGACUGCUUGUGGUAAUCUGAGGAGGGUGAAGCGAGGGAAAGAGAUUCAUGGGAAGCUUAUUACGAAUGGGAUAAGUAGCAAUGUGGUUGUGGAGAGUAGUCUUUUAGAUAUGUAUGGUAAAUGUGGUUCGGUACGGGAAGCUAGGCAAGUGUUCAAUGGGAUGUCCAAGAAGAACACUGUAUCAUGGUCUGCUUUACUUGGAGGAUACUGUCAGAACGGAGAGCACGGGAAAGUUAUUGAGAUGUUCAGGGAAAUGGAAGAGAAAGAUCUCUACUGUUUCGGGACUGUACUUAAGGCUUGUGCUGGUUUAGCCGCGUUAAGACUUGGGAAAGAGGUUCACGGCCAGUACGUUAGGAGAGGAUGUCGUGAUAAUGUGAUUGUGGAAUCAGCUUUAGUUGACUUGUAUGGAAAAUCUGGUUGCGUAGAUUUUGCUAGUCGUGUGUUUUCCAAGAUGGCGAUCAGGAACAUGAUUACGUGCAACGCAAUGCUAUCUGCGCUGGCUCAGAACGGAAGAGGUGAAGAAGCUGUCAGUUUCUUCAAUGAUAUGGUCAAAAGGCGGAUAAAGCCUGACUACAUAAGUUUUAUCGCGGUUCUCACUGCAUGUAGUCAUACGGGUUUGGUUGAGGAAGGACGAAACUACUUUGCGAUGAUGACUGAUAGUUACGGGAUUAAACCAGGUACUGAGCAUUACAGUUGCAUGAUUGACCUUCUAGGCCGUGCUGGUUUGUUUGAAGAAGCAGAGAAUAUGUUGGAGAGAGCAGAGUGUAGAGAUGAUGCGUCUCUGUGGGGUGUUCUGCUUGGACCUUGUGCUGCAAAUGCAGAUGCCUUGGCUAUUGCAGAGCGGAUUGCAAAGAGAAUGAUGGAGUUGGACCCAAAGUACCAUAUGAGUUAUGUGCUUUUAAGUAACAUGUACAAGUCGAUUGGUCGCCAUGGUGAUGCACUCAAGAUUCGUAGGUUGAUGGUGAGAAGAGGAGUAACAAAGACUAUUGGACAGAGCUGGAUUGAUGCUCAUUAG